UGGCCAGAGCUGCCCUGGCUCAGGGCCUCUGUGACAUCACCAACCAGCCCAGCACCAGGCACCCCGUCUCCCAGUUGAGAGGGCAAACCACCCCACCAUGAGCAGCUUCCUCCCCCAUCUCUGCCCACCAUGCGGACGCUGAAAUGGUUCCUGUUCUUGCCUUUAUGCCUCUCCUGUGGCUAUGCCUUCAUGUUCUCUUCUCUGAGGGAGAAAGCCAAAGACCCCCAGGGGAAGGUGCCUUGCGGAGGGCACUUCCGGAUCAGGCAGAAUCUGCCGGAGCACGCCCAAGGCUGGCUUGGGAGCAAAUGGCUCUGGCUCUCGUUUGUUGUAGUGCUGUAUGUUAUACUCAAGUUUCGAGGAGACAGUGAGAAGAACAAGGAGCAGAAUCCUAGCCUUCGAGGCUGUACGUUUCGUUCUCCAUUGAGGAGAAAUCAAAAUACUUCCCCCAACAGAGACUAUGCGUUCAAUACCUUGACUCAGCUCGAGAUGGACCUUGUGAAAUUUGUGUCCAAAGUGCGGAAUCUUAAAGUUGUCAUGGCAACUAGCAAUAACCUCAAGCUUCAAAGCUUAGAGGCACCCGCUGAUCCACAGAACAACAUCACGAUUUACGAAAUAUGGGGAGAAGAGGAUGAGUGAACAGAUUUGUGUGUCAAAGUAGGAUAGAAGAACUGAGUGUUGACAAGCAGUAUGCAAACUAAUAAAACUAUUAUGAAGAAAAA